AUGCCCCAACAUACCAUGGAGAACUCCCGGAGUCAGUGGGAGCAGGGUCUGCGGCCGCCGUGGAUCACCAGGGUGAUCGGGGAUCAGAGUCCCGCCUCCUCGGGGGCCGAGUCGGACACGGAGAGCAGCAGCACAGAGAGUGAGAGGUCCUGCAUUAAAAAGCUGGAGAGUGGCUCACGGAGGGUUUUACCAUCGUCUUCAAUGCUCCAACAGCGAAUCACAGAGAUCGACCAACAGAAAGAAGAACUGAAGAUUGAGCUGCAGCUGGAGAUCGCCCUGCUGCAGGGAGAGCUGCAGACAGAGAAGAACCAGCUGCAGCGACACACGCAGAAGCUCCAGGCUCUGCAGGAGGCGGCCAGACAAAGAGACAAGGGCAAGCACACCGACAGACAAAAGGAGCGAGAGAACCUGGAGCAGGAGAGACGCAGGGUGGAGGAGCUGAAGAGGAGCUAUGAGGAAAAACAGAAGCUGAUCCCGACUCAGCCAGAGAGUCAGAAAGAGCAGCUGACAGCGCAGCUGCAACAGGAGAAAGAGGCAAUGGAGGCCGCGGUUCGGGCUUUUGACGACUGGGAGUUUCGUGUUCUGGAGCGAGAGAGCGGCAUCGACGAAGAAGACGAGAGCGAGGAGGACAAAGAAAAGGAGGCGGCGAGCCGAGCAGAGGUGGAGAAGGAAAUCUUAUGUCAGCAGCACGCGGUCAACAACGCGCAGGGGCGAGUGGAGCAGUUGGAGAAGCAGCUGAAGGAGAUGGAGAGGGAGAAGGAGAGGGAGCUGAACUGCUUGAGGAAAGAGAGGAGAGAACUCGUCCAGUCAAACCAAACGGUUCUCAAAGACAAGAAGCCGCUCACUGAUUGGUCGAACAUCACCGGCUCCGCCCCCUGCAUGAUGUCUCUUUCUCCUCUGACUGUCCACAAACCUCCUCAGGAACCAUGCAAAGAAACCACCAGCCUGCCUCGAAGACGGAGCUCAAACCGACACAACAGAGCCAGCGACCGGCCGCUCUCGGCACAGGUGUUUGUGAGGGCGCCUCCAGACAGUCAGACCCCCGAGGGCUUCUCUUCCCCGCUCUCCCCCCAUAGGCUGAGCAACGGACACAGCAACGGGCACAGGCCGGCCAUCGGUAACGGUGGAGGUUUCCUUCCUCCGUGCAACAGCACAACAAGCUCCAGAGCUGCCAGCCCGUGCCUUUUGGAUCUGGUGGAGAUCGAGAGGAAGCUGCGUGAAGCCAAGGCGGAGAGAGAGAGGCUGCUCAGAGAGCGGGAAGAGCGACGGCUGCUGUUGUUGGAAGAAAAACGAAAAAAGGAGCAAAACUCUCUAAGACCAGAACCAGAAGACGCAGAGACACCUCGAAGGCCAGAACCAGAACCGGAACUCCCCCGAGAGGAACCAAAGGCCGUUUAUUCACCAAAUUCCCCCGAGCAGCGCAGCCUGCCCCUCUUCCUCUCCCCGAACUUUGACCUGCGGGCCCACGUAGAGUCUCUGGGUCACGGGGUUUCGGCCUGCACGGACCUGCGGCUCACGCCUCGACGCUGCGCCGGCUUCCUGACCAAGCGAGGGGGGAGGGUCAAGACCUGGAAGAAGAGGUGGUUUCUGUUUGAUACGGACCACAAACGACUAGCCUACUAUACAGACUGUGAUGAGAGGAAGUUAAAGGGAGUCAUCUACUUUCAGGCCAUCGAAGAAGUUUAUUACGACCAUCUACGCACAGCUGCCUCUUCUCCGCGGCCCAGUCUGACGUUCUGUGUCAAGACGUACGACCGUCUCUUCUUCCUGGUGGCCUCAAAUCCGGUGUCCAUGCGGAUAUGGAUGGACGUCAUCGUCACGGCGACAGACGAGCACUGCCGCUAUUGACCUCCGGAACUGUGAAACUCUCGAAGCUGCCUUACUCUGACAGACGGCCGUUCUUCGCUCUCUCGGCUGUCUGAAGAAGCCUUCGGCUCAUCGUGAACCGGACUCGUGGAUAAAAAGAGGCGGAGUCACCGUGGUUGUGGUUUCCAGAUGUGUUUGGACACGGCGGAGGAGGAGGUUACCCACCGAGUGAUGGCUAUCAGCAAACCGUCUGCAGCUCCCCUCAGCAGCCUGCACACUGGAUGUUUGUUACUAUGAGGUUUACACUCUCUGAGUCAGAGCGCCCCCUGCUGGCCACAGGACUGAAUCACAAAACUGAAGCUCACUGCAUGACCAAACACUACAACAGCUGCUGGCGUGCACACCAGCACGAUUCUGCACAAACUAACACCCAAAACCCAGUCAGGAUGGUAAUCAUGAAGUUUAUGCGGACUUUCAGAGAAAGGAAGAGGCGGAACACUGUGGCUACAUACUUUUUUAAUUAUUGGAUUGCUUCAUAUUUUCAUGUGUUUUCCAUGAAUACAUCUGCAUCUUAUGUCAGUGUUUUCACCUCAGACAGAUUGUAUAUACGAUUUUAAAGGUUAUUUAUUAUUUUAAAAAUUUAUAUGGGGUUUGAUUUGCAAAUACCGGAGAAAGAACACUGUUAUGAAUGCACUAUUAAAU